AGAGAGAGAGAGAGAGAGUUGGGAGACCAAUCGCUGCCGGUGGGUGUUUUUUUGUGAUUCAUUUGGCGGAGACGCGCGCUCGCUGCUUGGCUGGAUGGCUGCAUGCGCUGUCCCUUUCAGCACCGAAAACCAGAGGCGCGUGCAUCUGUGAGUGGGUUGCGAAGGCGCGAGGAACCCUCAAUCAAGUCGCGGAAAAGCAGGGUCUGCUGAAGAUGUGAGUUCAGGAUUAUCAUCGCUGCAGCUGCACUCACCUCCUCUACUAGUGUCUCUCUCUCUCUCUCUCUCUCUCCUCUACUGGGACAUGCAUGCCUCAUGGGCCCGGGACAUCUUAGAGCGGCCUGCUAACUCCUUCCCAAACUCCUCCCCCGGGGGACUGAUGCCCUUUCACCUAUGAUCCCGCCCAUACUCUCCACAGUAACUUCUCAGUAACUCCUCCCACAACCGCCAUCCAACUGUUACCAUGGCGUUGUCGGAACCCCAACGCCUUCCUUCACUCCUCGCCGCAGGCCACUUCCUUUUCCACUUCCUUACCUCAUGUUCCUGGCUCCUCCCUCUGGCCUUCCCUCAGCGAAUCACGGACCCCGCCAUCGGCACUGCGCCCAAUCAGGAGUACGCCCACUCCAUCCGAUUGGAAGGCGACAUCAUCCUGGGUGGCCUGUUCCCGGUGCACUCCCGGGGGGGCGGUGGCAUGCCCUGCGGGGAACUGAAGAAGGAGAAAGGGAUCCACCGUCUUGAGGCCAUGAUGUUUGCCAUCGACCUGAUCAACAAGGACACGGAGCUGCUCCCCAACAUCACCCUGGGGGCCCGGAUCCUGGACACCUGCUCCAGAGACACCUACGCCCUGGAGCAGUCGCUGACCUUUGUCCAGGCCCUCAUCGAGAAGGACGGCUCGGACGUACGCUGUGCCAACGGCGACCUGCCCAUCUUCGCCAAGCCUGAUAAGAUCGUGGGGGUGAUCGGGGCGGCGGCCAGCUCCGUGUCCAUCAUGGUUGCCAAUAUACUGAGACUGUUCAAGAUCCCUCAGAUCAGCUAUGCGUCCACGGCCCCGGAGCUCAGUGACAACACGAGGUAUGACUUCUUCUCCCGCGUCGUUCCUCCGGACUCCUACCAGGCCCAGGCAAUGAUGGACAUCGUCAUGGCGAUGGGAUGGAACUACGUGUCCACGCUCGCCUCCGAGGGGAACUACGGCGAGAGCGGUGUCGAGGCCUUCGUGCAGAUCUCCCGGGAAACAGGUGGGGUGUGUAUAGCCCAGUCUCUGAAGAUCCCGCGUGAACCCAAGCCAGGGGAGUUUGAUAAGAUCAUCAUGCGUCUGCUGGAGACGUCCAACGCCAGGGCUGUCAUUAUGUUUGCCAACGAGGACGACAUACGGCGUAUCCUGAACGCGGCCAAGCACAACAACCAGACUGGUCACUUCCUGUGGGUGGGGUCAGACAGCUGGGGCUCCAAGAUCUCUCCUGUGAUUGGCCAGGAGCGGGUGGCUGAGGGAGCCGUUACCAUCCUGCCCAAACGAGCCUCCGUGGACGCGUUUGACCGUUACUUCCGGAGCCGCUCUCUGUCCAACAACAGGAGGAACGUGUGGUUCGCUGAGUUCUGGGAGGAAAACUUUGGCUGCAAGCUGGGGAUGCAUGGCAAGCGCCCCGGAAGCCCCAAGAAAUGCACAGGUCUGGAGAAGGUUGGUCGGGACUCGAGCUACGAGCAGGAGGGGAAGGUGCAGUUUGUGAUGGAUGCCGUGUAUGCCAUGGCCCACGCCCUGCACAGGAUGCACCGGGAACUCUGCUAUGGAUACCCAGGCCUGUGCCCAAAGAUGGCCAACAUCGACGGCAAGGAACUACUCAGCCAUAUCAGAGCUGUCAACUUUAAUGGAAGUGCCGGUACUCCAGUGGUGUUCAAUGAGAACGGCGACGCCCCCGGACGGUACGACAUCUUCCAGUACCAGAGCACCAACCCCUCUACCAGAGAGUACAAGGUCAUAGGCACCUGGACCAACAAACUACACCUAAAUGUAGAGGCCAUGCAGUGGCGGGCAGGCGACCCGUCCCUCCCGGCGUCUGUGUGCAGCGUGCCCUGCCGGAUGGGUGAGAGGAAGAAGAUUGUGAAGGGCGUGCCGUGCUGCUGGCACUGCGAGCGCUGCGAGGGCUAUCACUUCCAGGCCAACGAGUUCAGCUGUGAACUGUGCCCCUACGAACAGCGCCCCGACGCCAACCGAACGGGCUGCCAGAACAUCCCCAUCAUCAAGCUGGAGUGGCACUCGCCCUGGGCCGUCAUUCCCGUCUUCAUCUCAAUGCUAGGCAUCAUCACCACCACCUUCGUUAUCGUCACCUUCGUCCGCUACAACGAAACGCCCAUCGUCAGGGCUUCCGGCCGUGAGAUGAGCUACGUGCUGUUGACAGGCAUUUUCCUGUGUUAUGCAAUCACCUUCCUGAUGAUCGCCGCGCCCGACGUGGGUGUGUGUUCGUUCCGGAGGAUCUUUCUGGGUCUGGGGAUGUGCUUCAGCUACGCGGCCCUCCUCACCAAGACCAACCGUAUCCACCGCAUCUUCGAGCAGGGGAAGAAGUCCGUCAGCGCUCCCCGGUUCAUCUCCCCGGCCUCCCAGCUGGUCAUCACCUUCUCCCUGAUCUCGGUGCAGCUCCUGGGGGUGUUUGUGUGGUUCGCCGUGGACCCGCCGCACACCUUCGUGGACUACGGCGAGCAGCGGACCCAGGACCCGGCGGCGGCUCGCGGCGUGCUGAAGUGCGACAUCUCCGACCUGUCCCUGAUCUGCUCCUUGGGCUACUCCAUCCUUCUGAUGGUCACAUGCACUGUUUACGCCAUCAAGACCAGGGGAGUGCCGGAGACCUUCAAUGAGGCCAAGCCAAUUGGAUUUACCAUGUACACUACCUGCAUAAUCUGGCUGGCGUUUAUCCCUAUCUUCUUCGGGACGGCACAGUCUGCGGAGAGGAUGUACAUCCAGACCACUACCCUGACUAUCUCGCUCAGCCUCAGCGCCUCUGUCUCUCUGGGGAUGCUGUACAUGCCCAAGGUCUACGUCAUCAUCUUCCACCCUGAGCAGAACAUCCCCAAGCGUAAACGCAGCUUCAAGGCCAUCGUCACCGCCGCCGCCAUGUCAGGCAAGCUGCAGAAGGGGGGCGACAGACCCAACGGAGAGGUCAAGACGGAGCUGUGUGAGAGCAUGGAGACCAACAGUGACUUCAUCAACUAAGACAACAUAUGUCAGCUACAGUAAUCAUGCCAUCUGAACAGCACCAAAGUGGAGGGAGGGCUGAGAAAAGGAGCUGUCACGGACAGAUGACGGACUAAAAGACGGACAGACCGAUGGAGCUCCCACCGCCACCGGUAACCAAGCAUGAGACAUUUUAUAUUGUUCUGACAGCAUCAAACCUUACUACCACCAGAGAGGCGGGACCACAAAGACCAACCACCAAUCAGUGGGCCCCGUUCGCUCUCUUCCUGCAAAUCACAGCACAACGGUCCUGCCAUAAACUUUGAACUAACCGUGAAGACAAUGGUUUAAAAAAUAAUCCACUGCAGGCUAUAAUGGUCCAGAGAAAAAAAGAAAGAAAAAAGAAGAAAAACGUAACAAAACAAAACUGUGUAAAAGUUCUACAUAAGGGUACAUGGGAGAUUAAAAGACAUUAAAAGAGUUUAAAAUUUAAAAAUAUUUAAAAGAGAAAAUAGAAGAAACUAUGAGAAUCGACCAUGAUGUUUAUUGUUAUUCUACUUGUAAGUAUUUUUGUGGUUGUGAAGAUUUUUUCAUUCUUGUCCCAGCUGUCGUGCGACCUUGCAUAUUCAGAAAGUUUGUCUCUUGUAUCGAAUGGCUAACUGGAUGGAUAGCCCUGGGUUGUGAAUCUGUAAAUCCCCUGGUUGAAGCAUGCCAGUUUUUAUACAAAUGAUUUAUUUAUAAUAAAGGAAUGUUUUGCAAAUGU